UACUUCAGAAAGACUCAUAACCCCAGUCCCUAACAUAUAGUCUAUUUUAAUUUUUCCAUAUCCUAUCCUGGAUCUCUAUCAUAUAAAUUCAUUAUUUUAUGUGGUUGCAACCUCAGCAAAACAAAGUUUGCACUCUCUGGAAAUGUUAGCAUGUAAUCCGGAUGUCAAUCAGCCCUUUUAGAUUAUUUUACACAUUAACGAUUGGUGACCAAAAUAACCAAGUCUAGCUUGUGUCUGUCCUAGUGUCUCAUUAUUUUGGUUACAGAAACCCUGCAGGAUAAAUCAAUUUAGCACAUGUCUUCUUGACUCUAGUGACAUCAGAGCAGGCCAGAACAACCACAUUUGUUCUCGACAUAGACGAUAUAAAUCCAUCAUUCACCAAAUUGCUGCAUCCCUUUGGAGUGGGUCUCAGGAGGAAAGGUUGGAGUUGAGCAGUAUAUAGUGUGUGGCCACUGGCCGGCUCGCCUCGCCUUGGGCCAGCAGGGGGCGUGUGAGCUCCAGGGCACCUGCCGGAGCAGUCGAGGGGUGUGGCUCUGCAGGCUUGACAGACAGCUGAGGAUGCGGGCGAAGAUGAGGUAAUAGCAGCCGGAGCAAGGAGGUCGUGGGGGUGUGGGCGCCUGUGUGUGCAAGUGUGAGAGCGCGAGUGCGUGCACAAGCCGGAGACACUGCGUGUCUCGGAGCUCGCGCUGCGGAAGCCGAUCACGCUGUAUUAAAUUAAAAGAAAAAAAAAUUCCAUUCCUGGAAAGGAAGCUGCAAAGUUGAAGCCGGGCGACAGCUGCGGUCUCGGGGCCGCGUCAUGGCCGGUAGCUUUUCGGCGUCUAGGGACUGGGGAAACCCUCGCAGACUCGGGUUUGCCUUAGCGCCCCGCUGGGGAGGGGCGAUUCAUUCUGGAAGCGACUAGGCAGAGCCACAGGGAGGGGGAGCUCUCGCCGAGGCAGCGACAGCAUUUCGUGCGGCGAAAGGGCGGGGAGGGAGAGGAGCGAGGGGAGGGAAACACAGCGUGCCAGUCCGGGCGCGAGCGCGCGGCGAGAUCCCACCCCGGCGACUGCGGAGCCCGAGGCGCAACUGGUGCGAGGGCUCAGUCCCGGUCUUGCCCUCAGCGCCAGCUCGCGGCCGCCGGGGCUCCGGCCGCGCGCCCGCCGGGUGGCUUUGCAAGGCGGGGGCCUGUUUGCGGAGAGCCGGAUAUUUGCAUGAAGCCACUCGACCCCACGGAGCAGCGGCAGCAGCGGCGGAGCCCGGCGGCGGCGGCGCGCGGUCGAAGCCAGGCGGCCUCUGUCUCCGGGCCCCGGUGGAUGCGCGGCUGGGGAGCGGCCCGUGGGCCGGAGCUGAGGCUGCCCGGGGCGUCGGGGCGCGGGGCUGGGGGCGCGGUCGAGGCCCGGAGGCGGCGGCGCAGGAGGAAGCGGAGGAGGGCGGGCGUGCCCGGCCCGGGAGGGGGACAGCGCAGCGCCGCCGCAGCCCCGGGCUCGCCAUGCUCCUGGCCUCGGCGGUGGUGGUCUGGGAAUGGCUGAACGAGCACGGCCGCUGGCGUCCCUACAGCCCCGCGGUGAGCCACCACAUCGAGGCGGUGGUCCGCGCCGGCCCCCGCGCCGGGGGCAGCGUGGUGCUGGGCCAGGUGGACAGCCGGCUGGCGCCCUACAUCAUCGACCUGCAGUCCAUGAACCAGUUCCGCCAGGACACGGGGACCCUCCGCCCAGUUCGCCGCAAUUACUACGACCCGUCCUCGGCGCCCGGGAAGGGCUUGGUGUGGGAGUGGGAGAACGACAACGGCUCCUGGACGCCCUACGACAUGGAAGUGGGCAUCACCAUCCAGCACGCCUACGAGAAGCAGCACCCCUGGAUCGACCUUACUUCCAUCGGCUUUAGCUACGUCAUUGACUUCAGCACCAUGGGCCAGAUCAACCGGCAGACCCAGCGCCAGCGCCGCGUCCGCCGGCGUCUGGAUCUCAUCUACCCCAUGGUCACCGGCACCUUGCCUAAGGCCCAGUCCUGGCCGGCCAGCCCCGGGUCGGCCGCCUCGCCCCCCGGCCCGCCCUGCUCCUGCCCACAGUGCAUCCUGGUGAUGAGCGUCAAGGCGGCCGUGGUCAGCGGGAGCGCCGGGCCCCUGCAACCCCCAGCGGCCCGCAAGAACAUGCCCCCAUCUGGAGCUGUCAAGAUGCCCCCACCGCCAGGCCCUGGGGCCAAGCCACUGGACAGCACGGGCACCGUGCGAGGCCCGAUAAAGACCGCCCCAUCACAGCCAAUCCGGCGACAAGCCUCCAGCACACCGGCAGGGGCCACCGCGGGCUCUCCUGCCAGCCCCUCAGGAGCCAAUGGCAAGACGGGAAGGGUGGCCCUGGCGACUUUGAAUCGGACCAACCUGCAGCGACUGGCCAUCGCCCAGUCCCGGGUGCUGAUCGCCUCUGGGGUCCCCACUGUCCCAGUGAAGAACCUAAAUGGGUCUAGUCCUGUCAAUCCUGCGUUGGCAGGAAUCACUGGUAUCCUCAUGAGUGCAGCUGGCCUGCCUGUGUGUCUCACCAGGCCUCCGAAGCUGGUCCUCCACCCGCCCCCCGUCAGCAAGAGCGAAAUAAAAUCCAUCCCAGGGGUUUCCAACACAAGCCGCAAGACCACCAAAAAACAGGCCAAGAAAGGGUUACUGAAACUCUUCCCCAAGCCCAUUGUUCUGGCCUUGUCUCCACAGGAUGGGAGUUUGCAGUGUCCAACCUGUAAGACCAUUUAUGGGGUGAAGACAGGCACCCAGCCUCCAGGGAAGAUGGAGUACCACCUCAUCCCCCACUCCUUGCCUGGCCACCCAGACUGUAAAACCAUCCGUAUCAUCUACAGCAUCCCACCUGGUAUUCAGGGGCCGGAACACCCGAAUCCUGGAAAGAGUUUCAGCGCUCGUGGCUUCCCCCGACACUGUUACCUUCCAGACAGCGAGAAAGGGAGAAAAGUUCUGAAGCUACUGCUGGUGGCCUGGGAUCGCCGCCUCAUUUUUGCCAUCGGUACCUCCAGCACCACGGGCGAGUCAGAUACCGUCAUCUGGAAUGAGGUCCACCACAAGACAGAGUUCGGCUCUAAUCUCACUGGCCAUGGCUACCCGGAUGCCAAUUACCUGGAUAAUGUGCUGGCUGAACUGGCUGCCCAGGGCAUUUCUGAGGACAGCACGGCCCAGGAGAAGGACUGAGCUGGAAGGGCUUUGGGGGGAGGGGCUGUGGGGACCACAGGACAGGAAGUGGGGAGAGUCAAGGUAGAAGUUGGUGCCCUGACCUCCCAACUCCCUCAUCUCCCCUCCUGUCCUGUCUCCAUCCCCCAUCCCUCCCAGCCACAAGGGGGUGCCAGAUUGAAUAGGGGAUGUCAUUCAUAAACCUCAUCCACCACAAAGGGGACAUGGGAUGAGGGCCACCCCUGGUCUGUUCCCAUGGAGUUUUCGGUGCUGGGUAGGCAAGAACACCGCCCCCACCCCUCCCCCUGAGUGGGGCCAUGGUCAGCACACUUAGGGUAUGGACAGUGCGUGGGCACUCCAUACCCUGGCCUUGUGAAGCCUGAGGUUCUUUGCCCAGCUGGCUUCCUGCUGCUUCCACUCUGCUUCGAGAGUGGAAUUUCUGCUUUUCUCUCCUCCACUGGAGGCGAGGAGCUCUCACUGUGCAAGGUUGGGGGGCAAAGGGGUGAACCGCUAAACUGCUGUGACAUCAGAAAUCAAUGCCUUGGUGUACAGCGAGGAAGCACUUCUUGCCAAGAGGGUCAGGGAUGCAAAGGGUUCUGGGAGCAUUCUCAGCUCUCAUAACAGUCUUUGGCUUCUCUGGGCCCUCCCUCCUCCUCACACCUCUGACCUGUCCAAAGAGGCACCUGGUUCUUUCAUGCAGAUGGAUGGGCUCUGGGAUUCCUCUCUGGAUGGCACCCCAUGAUGUUUCCAGCCACUCUCUGAUCAGACCAGAGCCUGCAUCCUACUUAGCACCUGAACUGUCCUCAGGGAGAGGAGCCCAUAGCCUUCUUCCCAACUCAUCCCAGACCAGCUCAAAGAUUCCAUGAGUCUCAUCAAGUCACUGUGAGUAGAGCCCGGGCUGGGCUCUGUGCCAUCUGUGUAUGUGCAUAUAUGUGUGUAUGUGUGUGUAUGUGCGCACACCACUGCGCCAGGUUGGUGGAGAGUCCCGUCAUGUUCCCACGCUCUGUUUUGCAAGAUGUCCAACCCCAGUUUUGAUGGGGAUCAGACAGCCAGGCUGUGGUCCCUCCCUGAACUUCUCUCACCCUUUGACAACCCAUCCAUGGUAAACUUGGACUCUGAUGGAGACAGUACUGUGUUUGGGGAGAUGUGUAAGGUGAGAGCUGGACUGGCCACUUUUUAUAUCUCUUUCAAGAUUGGAUCUGAGCCAAUCUCCUUCCAGUCUUAUUUCUCUGAGGUCUUCAAUCUGUGUCCAUUCAAAUUUGCUAAUCUGAGCCCAGAGGUGGUGCUGGGCCCCUCAUUGCCUUCAUCUAUUACCGAUUGACCUAGAGCAUGGAGGGGGCCUCGUUAGCGCAUAGGAACAGGGUUAGGACCACCUUACGGUCCAGUCCAACCUGAGCCUGGGUUGUGUCCCAAGACCCUGUCUACCCCCCUCCCCAACAUUCCUUUUGCCUUUGGCUCCCAUUAAGGAAUGAAUUGGGGGUCAGGGAGGAGAGAAGGGGGAUCAAGAAGGGAAACCCAAUUCCCCCUUUGAAAAAGUGGGUUCUUUGAACUAUGUGUUUGGGGGAAGUUCCUCUGGAUACUAAUUUGAAUUUAUAUACCUCAUGUUUUGGGGGUUUGACGUAUAUAUAUGCAUAUAUAUUUCAUACUAUUUGGAAGGUUUUUGAUGUUAGAAAAGUUGAAACAGAAGAACCUUCAAAAAUGGUACUUAAGUUAGAACCGGAAACCAAGCUUUCCUGAGAGCCAGCUUCAUUGCUGCUUGCUGGCUGGCCUGCAGCCAUUUUGACAUCACUGUGGCCAUCAGAUUUACCUGAGUGUCACCCAGUUCCUCGGGACAUGCUGGUGCUGAGCCUUUCCUCCUUUUCCAGUUGGCUAUAGGGACGCUGAUUGGCUCCAGCAGAAGGAGCUCUGAUAGGCGGAAUCGUGUCUGCCACAUUAGCUCCAGCCUCUCCUGUCAGUUGCAGCCAUUUUAUGUCACCAGCAGACCCAGAGGUUGGUCCUGAGUUCACUGCUGCAUGCGGUGGUAGCUCCCUGCCACAGUUGGGAAGGAAACAUCUGAACGUGAUGGGAGACAUCACACCCUGUGCCCUUCACCAGGCUACCAUGUACCAGAGGCCAUUAGAGAGCCUCGUUGUAGGCUUAGUACCACUUCCGCCUUCAGCACCCCUGUCAGGUUUCUGCUGGGCUAGUCACCCACAGGGAUGAGGAAGAAGACUGAGGGUGAGCGGGUACAAGCACGACUGUGCACUAGGCAGUGGGGAAGAAAGAAGACGUGCUUUGACAACUGGCAAUGGGCAGUGGGGAAAAACUGAUUUCCUGCGUCAGGCAGAAGAAGGCGUGGGUGUGGAAGAGGACCCAGAGAGUACACAAGGCAGGCUGUAUGCCAGGGGCAACACUACUUGGAGAAGAGUCUUCGUGCCUCCAAGCCUUUUCCCCAGAAUGUCAGUUGUGCCUGUGGCCCGUUUUUCUUCCUCUCUGAGGAUGCUCGGUAGGGGCUACCUCAUCCUCAUCUCCUUGUGGGAAUUUCUGGGCAGCAGGAAUCUUGGAUUUCUUUUCUACCACUGUGCCAGGCAAGACGGGGGGCAUUCCUUUGCCCUUUCUCUUGUGCCAAGCUGGGAAGGCACAGCCCUGCCAGCAGAAGCCCUGUGCACCCCCCAGGCUGGCACAGGAUGUUUCCCCACCAGAAGCCCUGAUGAGUGCCCCGGCUCAUGCAGGGAAUUCCAUGCCUUUCCUUUCAUCGUCUUAGCACCAGCAGCCCAGGUUCUCCCUUCCUGAGUCUCCAGGGAUGACAAAAUGGGAUUGGAGACCGAUCCUGUCAAAUGCUCAUCCCUUAAAGGUUAAUUGUGUUCAUGUGGUGUGUGUGUGUCUUUGUGUUUUCAUCCCCUUCCCCCCACUUUUUUGUAAAACUUGGACUUCUCUGUGGUUCUAGAUUUGGUCAAAAGUACUUGUCCUGGUAUUGCACUGUUGUGUGCAUGAGAAGAUUGGGGGAAGGCCCGGUGUGGUACAAGAAAGGGCCCUGUCCCCUUUCCUUGUCUGUGGUCACUGGCACUUGAGUGGGGUGGGGUGGGUUCCUGGGAGAGGGCAGGUGAAUGUCCUAAUGUAAAUCUUUGUGACUGGUGUGUUUUGAAGUCCCUGGUGUUGCUGUGAGAGGACGUCGCCACCUGGUGCUCAUGAGGUGUAUGUGCAGAACAAUAAAGCGCAAAUGAACAGCCACA